ACUCAGUGUAGUCAUCUCUGACUAUCUGAUAGCAACGUGCAAGUGUCUUAAAUAAAAACACAUUAGUAUGUAGUUAAUUAAUGAUAAGACUUCCAAGAAUGCAGAGUAUAUAUCCUAGCUCAAGGUUCAAGACCCAGCAGUUGUCACAGAGAACUCAGAAUGACGGACAAAGAAGAUUUACAGUUGACAACCAUCUCAUAUGGGAAUGAACAAGGUGUGGACAAUCCAGCAUUUGUGAAGGAGGAUAAAUUAACAGAUGACCUGAGUGACAGUGACAAAGAGAAGUCAGAGAAGGAGUCAAAAUCAUGCAUAAGCAAAGCAUGCAUACCCAUCACGGCCACAGAGACCUUCUGUAAGACACACUCCAAAAUAAUCAAAUACAUUGCUUUGGGAAUACUUGCUGCUGGUUAUUUGGCAUACUUCAUUGCUGCAUGUUAUUUAAACUUCCAGAGGGCAAUUGCUUUGGUUGUCCUCACUUGUCUGGGGGUAUUUAUCAUCGUGUGUGAGCUGGUGAAUAAGUACAAGGGUGACAGCAUAAGAAGGUUCUUGAAGCCUGUGCAAAGGUGUUUCAAAUCCAAUAUCAGAUGGAUAAAGUGGGUGUUCAUAGUAAUUGUGGUGGGACUGCUAGUGGCAUGGCUGGCAAUUGACACACGAAAGCGCCCAGAGCAGCUCAUCUCUUUUGGUGGUGUCUGUCUAUUCAUUAUUGCCAUAUUUCUCUUCUCUGCACACAGAACCGCAGUGAACUGGAGGACAGUCUUCUGGGGACUCGGUUUACAGUUUGCCCUUGGCCUGUUUAUCAUUAGGACAGAGCCUGGUCUUGCAGCAUUCGAAUGGCUUGGAAAGCAAGUUCAGAUAUUUCUGGACUACACAAAAGCUGGUUCAUCAUUUGUGUUUGGAAACCUCAUUGACAACAUAUUUGCUUUCCAGGCUCUGCCUAUAGUGGUGUUCUUCAGCAGUGUAAUGUCAGUGCUGUACUACCUGGGUGUGAUGCAAUGGAUCAUCACAAAGAUUUCCUGGGUAAUGCAGGUAACGAUGGGAACCUCCUCUACAGAGACUCUCAGUGUGGCAGGGAACAUAUUUGUUGGUCAGACAGAGGCGCCGCUCUUGAUUCGUCCUUAUUUGAAUGACAUGACCAAAUCUGAGAUUCAUGCUGUCAUGACUGGAGGAUUUGCCACCAUUGCGGGAAGUGUUAUGGGUGCAUUCAUCUCAUUUGGGAUUGAUGCCUCGUCUCUGAUUUCUGCAUCAGUGAUGGCUGCUCCAUGUGCUUUAGCCAUCUCCAAAUUGUCCUACCCCGAAACUGAAAAGAGCAAGUUCACAUCUAAGAGUCAGAUUAAAGUUGAUGGCGGUGGUGAACAGAAUGUCUUGGAAGCUAUCAGCGGUGGCGCAUCUGCAUCAAUAGGACUUGUGGCCAACAUUGCUGCUAACUUGAUUGCUUUCCUUGCCAUUUUGGACUUCAUAAAUGCUACUCUGAGAUGGUUGGGAGGCAUGGUGGGAUAUACAGAUGUCACUUUUGAGUUGAUCUGCUCCUACGUGUUUAUGCCGGUGGCCUUCAUGAUGGGAAUUCCAUACGAUGAGACUUUUACAGUGGCUGAACUUAUUGGCACUAAACUCUUCCUCAAUGAGUUUAUAGCCUAUGAGAAGCUGUCAGCGCUCAGAAACAACAGACUUAACGGCAUUUUACAAGACGGUGUAGAUAAAAAUUGGAUCUCAGUUCGAUCAGAAAUCAUCUGCACCUAUGCACUGUGUGGCUUUGCUAAUUUCAGCUCUCUUGGUAUUGUGAUUGGAGGCCUGUCCUCUAUUUGUCCACCAAAGAAGAGUGUCAUAUCUACUUUAGUGCUCAGAGCCUUGUUCACAGGCACAUGUGUUUCCCUGAUCAAUGCCUGUGUUGCUGGUAUACUUUUCGUUCCUCCAUUGGACUGUGUGGAUCUGUUUCAAAAUGCAGACUUCAAUACCACCAAACCUGAAAUUGAAACUUGCUGUUAUGAUCUUUUCAAAAGCACUGUCAACAAUGGAACCAUUUCUUUCGAGGGGUCCUGGAGUGGAGUGAAAAAUGCAACAAUUUAUUUUGCAAACUGUUGUGGUCUCUAUCAGGAACCUGUUUGCCCGUAGUUUGGCCGAUAGGUAACAAUGCAGAAAUCACCUCUGAACUAAAUAUAAUGACAUUAUUUAUUAAAUUCACACAUUUUGAAAUGUAUAUUUAAGUUAAUGUAUGUGCAGAGUAUGUUUGAUUUUAUUUGGUCAUUUAGCUAUUCAUACAUAAUUUCUUUAUAGUUGAAAAAAAAAAGUGUUGCACUAUGCAUGUGCAAAUAUUUUUAUGUUCUGUAAAUUUUAUUCAAUUUAUGUUCUUAUGUAAAUGUUAUAAUCAUUUUUGUAAUUUACAUCCAGUGACGUGAUUGUCAACACAUUGUCCUAUGCAGUGUUUCAUUCUGACAGUUAUGCUAUGAAAAAUUGCAUCACAGGAGAAAAGCAUAACCAAUAAGGGUCAAAGGGCUCUUCGGUGAGGCAAACAGUUUUUAAGAUAUGAAGCAAUGGACUCUGCCUUUGGAUGGUAAAAUGAAUCAAAGAAGUUGCUAUUUAGACACCUGCUGCUAUUUACACAUUUAUUUUACAAAAACAAAUAAAACAAUGCAACCAAAACACAUAAAAUGCUUAUCCUACAAACAUACUGUAUACCGCUAAUCUUCUCUCGCUAAUACACUACAAUCCAUAGUUUUUAUAAUAUCAAUCCUACACAGACCACAGUAUGCCCCAUCUUAUCAAGUCUGACCACUAUCUGUGGUAACUUUUCAUAUACAUCUAAACAAGCACUCCAUGGAUAUUUUAUGAGUUAGUUUUUGCAGUUAGCAUGAGCCUUUUUUUGCUAAAUAAUGGUUACUAAAUCUUGUGAAUGGGGUAAAGGUUUAGAUAGCUUUAUUUAUGUUAUUUUCAAUGAACAUACAUUUCAAAAUAUCAAAACCUGUAAACAAUGAGCAAAGGUUUGGGGUAAGUCAGAUUUUUAAAAUGUUUUUGAAAGUAGUCUCUCAUGCUCACAAAAGCUUCAUUUAAUAAAACAAAUACAGCAAAAACAGUAAUAUUGUGAAAGAAAUUGUUAAAAUAACUGUUUUAUAUUUUAAAAUGUAUUCCUAUGAUGGCAAAGCUGAAUUUUCAUCUUGUGCUGCUUAAUAUUUUUGUGUAAACUGUGGUCAUUUUUUUUUAUCAGAAUUCUUUGAUAAACAGAAAGUUCAAAAGUACAGUACAUUAUCUUUUGUAACAUUAUAAAUGCCUUUGCUGUCACUCUUGGUCGAUUUAAUGUAUCUUUGCUAAAUAAAACUAUUCAUAUCUGA